CUCACACAAAAGACAGCUACAAGAGCUAAAUGCAGAGAGAUUGAUUCAUCAAGUUUUGCAAUCAGAUCCGACCGAACCAUGACGAUCGUUAAACCGUCGCAGUUCUCCUUCUCCGGCGGCGGAUCUUCGUCGUUAUGUUCACUCAAAGGCUCACUCCUCACCGUCGCUAUUCUCACUUUCGGUUCCCUCUUCUACCUCUCUCUCAAUUCCAUGCGCACUUCGCCGCCGUCUCCGGUCAUCGUGGUAACGCCGAUUCAUGUUCCUCAGACCUUUGUGAAUGAAGAUAAGACUGAUAACGACGACGGCGCAGCACCGACGACGGAAGCAGAAACUUACUCCGAUGUUUAUCACUCGCCGGAGGCUUUCCGAUUGAAUUACGCCGAGAUGGAGAAGAGAUUCAAGGUUUAUAUUUAUCCCGACGGCGAUCCAAACACGUUUUAUCAGACGCCGAGGAAAGUUACCGGUAAAUAUGCCAGUGAGGGUUACUUCUUUCAGAACAUUAGAGAGAGUCGAUUUCGAACCCUAGAUCCAGAGGAAGCAGAUCUCUUCUUCAUUCCAAUUUCUUGUCACAAGAUGCGAGGCAAAGGAACAUCAUAUGAAAAUAUGACUGUGAUUGUUCAAAACUAUGUUGAUGGAUUGAUAGCUAAGUAUCCUUAUUGGAAUAGAACUUUAGGAGCAGAUCACUUCUUUGUUACCUGUCACGAUGUUGGUGUUAGAGCAUUUGAGGGAUCUCUGCUUCUGAUUAAGAAUACAAUUAGGGUUGUGUGCUCACCGAGCUACAAUGUCGGUUUUAUUCCUCACAAAGAUGUUGCUUUGCCUCAAGUUCUUCAGCCAUUUGCACUCCCUGCUGGUGGAAAUGAUGUUGAAAAUCGGACGACCCUUGGUUUUUGGGCUGGUCAUCGAAAUUCCAAGAUACGGGUAAUACUUGCCCGUGUGUGGGAAAACGACACAGAGCUUGAUAUUUCAAACAACAGAAUUAACAGAGCUACAGGGCAUUUAGUGUAUCAGAAGAGAUUCUACCGGACAAAAUUCUGCAUAUGCCCCGGUGGUUCUCAAGUCAACAGCGCUCGCAUAACGGACUCGAUCCAUUACGGAUGUAUUCCUGUUAUAUUAUCAGACUACUACGACCUGCCUUUCAACGACAUCCUGAAUUGGCGAAAAUUUGCGGUUGUACUCAGAGAGCAAGAUGUUUAUAACCUUAAGCAGAUCCUCAAGAACAUACCUCACUCAGAGUUUAUUUCGUUGCAUAACAACUUGGUCAAGGUGCAAAAGCAUUUUCAGUGGAACUCACCUCCAGUCAAAUUCGAUGCAUUUCACAUGAUCAUGUAUGAACUAUGGUUACGCCACCAUGUCAUCAAGUACUGAAUCAAAGACUCUUUUUUUCUUUUCUUCAACCGCGUAGAUACUGUCCCAAGCGGAAAAAAAAGCUAGCAUGUACACCUCUUGUAAGUUUAAAUAUCAUAGCUUAUAACAGUAACACGAACAACAACAUUUCAUUCUUUGAGGAAAAUUCAUUUUUUUUGUGUAUUGUGUACUCUG